ACUUUGCAACAAGCGGAAAAGAAUUCACCAUGUUCUCCAAGGUUCUCGUGUGCUGCCUGUUCGCCUACGUCGCCUGCGGCGUUGUUGUGGAACAUCCACCACAGCCAUACAGCUUUGGCUACGAUAACGUGGACGAAUUCGGCACCCGCAUGACCCGCCAGGAGACCGGAGAUGAGUUCAACAACAAGGUCGGCUCCUACAGCUACGUCGAUGCCUUCGGUGUCAGCCGUGUUGUGAAGUACGUUGCCGACGCCACAGGCUUCCACCCCACUGUCGAGACCAACGAACCAGGCACCAAGACCUCGGUCCCAGCCGAUGCUCCUUUCUUUUCUUCCGCUGUUGAGGGCCCACACCCAGUCGUCGUCAAGGCUGUCCACCCAGCCCCAGUGGCUGUGCGUGCUACCCUUGGCACCCCAGUGGUUCACGCUGCCCCUUUUACCUACGCCCACCACGCUCCCCUUGGCUACGCUGUUGCCAGGCCUUUUUAAAUUAUCAAUAAAUGAUAUGUCUGCCCUUUAC